CGUAUUGUGUCCGCUUACGGAAGUCUUUGUAUUCGGCGAUCAAUGCCUAUCAUCCCCCGCUCUAUACCCCGCGGCCAACCACUGUAUAUCGUACAUUCGAGAAUGACUCGCAACCAAUAGCACACCUUGCUUACUACCAUCAUGGCCACCGCAGUCCUCCUCUCUCCCUUGACGCCUCCCUCCUACCACCAGAUCAAGUCCCCCACCCUUCGCAUUCCAGAAGACCCGGCUGUGUCGAUUCCGGUGGGCAUCCUCGCUUGUCAGCGCGAUCCCUUGCUCCGAUCUUUGGAUACUGUGGUUGUGAGCGCGCAUGAGAAGCAGACUCCCCCGCCUCCUGCAGGGAAGAAGGCGAAGAAGGCCGUACUGGCACCCGAGCUGCCCACGGGACCGAUCCUUGGUGUACUACUGCACGACACGGUCAUCUUCCCCGAGGGAGGCGGGCAGCCGACGGAUACUGGAUCGAUCAGGGUUGGGGACAAAGACUGGGAAGUGGUACAGUGCAAGCGAGAUGGUGGGCACGCGAUACACUAUGUACGCGUCCCAGAAGGCACUUCCGUAGACGACGCGCUAGCGACGUUCGCGCCUGGCACACCUGUGAAGGUCUCCUUUGACUGGGAGCGCAGAUACGACCACAUGACCCUCCACACCUCCCAGCACCUCCUCUCCGCCCUCCUCGAGACGCGCCUGCAGCUCCCCACCCUCUCCUGGUCCCUCACGAGCUAUCCCCAGCCAUGCUACGUCGAAGUCCCGCGCAGCAUGACGCAGGAGGAGAUUGCGUCGAUCCAGAACGAGGCGAACCGCCUGGUGUUCGAGGGCCGGCAGGUGCACGUCGAGGUGCAGGAGAUGGAGAGCAAAAUGGAGGGCGACGGCAGCCGCGCCUUUGGCCGCGGGCUCCCGAGCGACUAUACCGGCGGCGUGCACCGCGUCAUCGUCAUCGACGGCGUCGAUCGCAAUCCCUGCUGCGGCACCCACCUCCCCUCCCUGCACAACCUCCAGCUCUUCCUCCUCCCACACACCGACGCGCUCUCCCGCUCCACCACCCGCCUCUACUUCCUCGCCGGCCCACGCCUCAUCGCCCACCUCGCCGCCGCGCACGCCCAGCUGACCGCCGCCGCUUCCACCCUCACCUGCGGCCUCCCCGAGGUCCCCGCGCGCGUCGCCCUGGUCGUCGAGGACCGCAAGCGCGCCGACAAGCGCGUCACCGACGUCGAGGGCGAGCUCGCCUCCCACAUCGCCAACGAGCUGCUCGGCGAACUCGCCCAACUCCCUGACGGCGCCCUCAUGAAGAAACACCUCCACCGCACAGACGACACGCCGGGCGCGCUCGCCUUCCUCACCUCCAUCGCUGCCGCCUUCGAACGGGACGAGCGGUCGAAGGGGCGGCCCUACCUCAUCGUGCUGUCCUCCACCCCUUCGGCGCAGACCUCGAGCAGCGUGAGCGUCGUGUCCGUGUUCGGGUCGCACGAGAAGCAGGUGCAGGGCGUGGGCGCGGUGCUGAAGGCGAAGAUGGGCGUGAAGGGCGGCGGGCGGGGGCCGAAGUGGACGGGGAAGUUCACGGGGGUGUGGAAGGCGGGGAGGGAGGAUGCGGUGGUGGAGGAGGCGUUGGCUGGCGUGUGAGUGGUGUUGUAUCGAUACGAAGGUGCUGGUGUAAUUUUUGUGGAAUUGGAAGUCAAUUGACCUCGAAGCUUGAGGCGCUCAUUUUGCGUCCGGACGACAUAGUGUCC